AUGGCGGAGACCAAGAUCAUCUACCACAUCGACGAGGAGGAGACGCCCUACCUGGUGAAGCUGCCCGUGCCGCCCGAGAAGGUCACUCUGGCCGAUUUCAAAAAUGUCCUCAGCAACCGGCCCGUGCACAGCUACAAAUUCUUCUUCAAGUCCAUGGACCAGGAUUUCGGGGUGGUAAAGGAAGAAAUCUCAGAUGACAAUGCAAAGCUACCGUGCUUCAAUGGAAGAGUGGUGUCCUGGCUGGUCCUGGCUGAAGGCUCUCACUCUGACACGGGUUCCCARUGCACCGAGAGCCACACGGACCUCCCGCCUCCCAUCGAGAGGACGGGYGGCAUUGGAGACUCCCGGCCGCCCUCAUUCCACCCAAAUGCUGCCAGCAGUAGAGAUGGCUUGGACAACGAGACGGGAACCGAGUCCGUUGUUAGUCACCGGCGAGAGAGACAUCGGCGCAGGGCCAGAGAAGGGCAUGAAGAUGCCCCUCGGAUAAAUGGCCACCCCAAGUUAGACAGGCACCGGGAGCACCCUCCUGGGUAUGACAGCUCUUCCACCAUGAUGAGCAGUGAGCUGGAAUCCAGUAGCUUCAUUGACUCGGAUGAUGAUGACAACACAAGCAGGUUGAGCAGCUCCACCGAGCAAAGCACCUCGUCACGGCUCAUUCGGAAGCAUAAGCGCAGGAGGAGGAAACAGAGGAUGCGGCAGAUCGACAGGUCAUCCUCGUUCAGCAGCAUCACUGAUUCUACUAUGUCCCUAAAUAUCAUCACUGUCACGCUUAACAUGGAAAAGUAUAACUUCCUGGGGAUCAGCAUUGUAGGACAGAGCAAUGACCGGGGCGAUGGUGGCAUAUACAUUGGCUCUAUUAUGAAAGGAGGGGCUGUGGCAGCAGAUGGACGAAUUGAACCAGGAGACAUGCUUCUGCAGGUGAAUGACGUCAACUUUGAGAACAUGAGCAAUGAUGACGCAGUACGAGUUUUACGGGAAAUAGUCUCCAAGCCGGGACCCAUUAGCCUAACGGUAGCCAAAUGCUGGGACCCCACUCCCAGGAGCUAUUUCACCAUCCCCAGGGCAGAACCGGUGAGGCCGAUUGACCCUGCGGCGUGGAUCUCUCAUACCACAGCCAUGACGGGAGCGUACCCCCGUUACGGUAUGAGCCCCUCCAUGAGCAUCACCACAUCUACCAGCUCCUCACUAACAAGCUCAAUUCCCGAUUCGGAAAAAUUGGAAGAAUCUCCCUUAACUGUGAAGAGCGACAUGGCUACUAUUGUCAAGGUUAUGCAACUACCGGACUCAGGCCUUGAAAUCCGGGACAGGAUGUGGUUAAAAAUUACCAUCUCCAACGCAGUAAUAGGAGCAGAUGUGGUUGACUGGCUCUACACACACGUGGAAGGCUUCAAAGACCGACGGGAGGCUCGAAAAUACGCCAGCAGCAUGUUAAAACACGGCUACCUCAGGCACACUGUGAACAAAAUCACCUUCUCAGAGCAGUGCUAUUAUGUCUUUGGGGACCUCUGUGGCAAUAUGGCUGCCCUGAACCUGAACAAUGGUUCUAGCGGAGCCUCGGAUCAGGAUACGCUGGCGCCGCUUCCGCACCCUGCUGCUCCUUGGCCUCUAGGCCAAGGAUACCCCUAUCAGUAUCCGCUGCCCCCUCCGUGUUUUCCACCAGCGUACCAAGACCCAGGGUUCAGCUACGGCAGCGGCAGUGCGGGGAGCCAGCAAAGUGAAGGAAGCAAAAGCAGCGGCUCGAACCGAAGCACCAGCGAGAACAGCAGGAGGGCCCUUGGCCGGGACAAGGAGCGCAAGUCGGCGGGCAGCGGCAGCGAGUCGGAGCACACGGCGCGCAGCGGGGGCAGCGGCGGCGCGCGGCGCGAGCGGCCCCUCAGCCAGCUCAGCCACCGCAGCCACCUCUCGGCGGCGCCGAGCGACAGGAGCCACCAGAGCCACCACUCGUACGGGCCCCCGGGCGUCCCCCCGCUCUACGGCCUCCCCAAGGCGGCUGCCAAAGUGUACGGGACGACGAGCGGGCCGCCGGGAGGGCCGCCCGUGAGGGAACUGAGCGCCGUGCCGCCGGAGCUCACCGGGAGCCGGCAGUCCUUCCAGAAGGCCAUGGGCAACCCCUGCGAGUUCUUCGUGGACAUCAUGUGAGAGGAGGCGCCCCGGGACUCGGCCGGCGGCGCGGGGGCUCGCCCGGCGCUUGAGAGGAGCAGCUCGGCUGUCUUGCAUGUCACGCCUUCCUGGUUUGCAAUUGUGUGUUGCAGAAAACAAAACAAAAAAAAAACCAACAAAAAAAUCACAUAAAAACAAAAGACGAGCAAAAAAAUAACCUCCUGGGAUUGUUACGUAUCAGCACAUUGAGAUAUCAGCAUCUUUUUCUGUUCUCUUUUGUUUUUUUUCUCUCAUCCCUUCUUGUUUCAGGCUGUGACUGGCAGUGUAUGCUCACGUUAUGGUCUUUGGAAAUUGUGGCACCUGCUUUCAGUGCAAUUAAUGUUGUUUGGGUUUUGGCUGAUGCAAGGACUAAUAUUUUAUAGAACUUMCAAAUGUCCUGUACGCAUAGUAGCACCUUUAUUCCCCCCUCCACAGUCCCUUUUUCUCCUGCAAGAACGAGGUGGCUGUUGGGGAUCUUGGAUCUUUGGAUCUUCCCCGUAAUGAUGUUUCUGGUUGCCCARUGCUCUAGAGAGCAGAUACAGCA